AUUCCAGACUACCAUAAUGCCGUCAUCGUGGCCAAAUCACCGUCCUCCGCUAAGAGGGCCCAGUCCCUCGCCGAGAGGUUGCGUGUGUCUAUUGCUGUGAUCCACGGUGAUGCAGAGACGGACCUGCUGGACGGACGGCACUCUCCUCCGACAGUCAGAACCACCGGAUGUCUACCUGAACUACCCUUCUGUAUCCCUAAGGAGAAGCAUCCUAUCACAGCCGUGGGAGAUGUGGCCGGACGCAUCGCCAUCAUCGUGGAUGACAUCAUCGAUGAUGCAGUGGGUUUUGUGGCGGCAGCGGAGAUGCUGAGGGAGAGGGGGGCGGGGCCGAUCAUCGCCAUGGCAACACAUGCCAUCCUGUCUGCGGACGCUCCCAGAAUCCUCCAGGAGUCAGCCAUUAGUCAGGUGGUGGUAACCAACACGAUUCCCCACUCGUCCCAGAAGCUCCAGUGCUGUAAGAUAAAGACGGUUGAUGUUUCUCUGAUCCUGUCUGAAGCUGUACGGAGGAUCCACUGUGGAGAGUCAAUGUCUUGUCUGUUCCACAACAUAGGAGCUGACGACUGAUACACACACACACACACACACAGACUACACACACACACACACACACACACACACACACACACACACACACACACACACACA